AGCAGAAAUAUCAACCCAUUCAAGCUCUUCUAAACUCAGAGAAAACUAUAGCUAUGGCGGCCUUAUCUUCUUAUUCCCAUUACCAGCCUUCACUGUCUGCCGAAAUCAUUGCAAACAAUGAAGAUCUUUUAACUGAAAUACUCGUUUGCCUCCCCGUCAAAUCUUUGCUCAGUUUCAAAUCCGUUUCCAAAAACUGGCUGUCCAUCAUCACCAGUCCCAACUUCUCCUUCCGUCUCAACCGUCUCCCCAAACCCAUCAGUGGCCUCCUUAUGUCCCGCAACAACAGUCAAGAAUAUAAGUUCAUCAAUCUAGGCUCCAAUCCUUCUCCUGCCCCGUUUAAAUCUCUCACUUUCGGAAAUAUCCCAUCUCGGAUUCACGUCAAACAAUCCUGCAAUGGCCUGUUAUUGUGCAGUUCUUUGCAAGAAAAUGCUCGCCGCCCCGACUAUUUUGUGUACAACCCAGCCACAAACAAAUACACUAUGCUUCCUCCUAUUGCUAAUGACAACGGGGCACUGUAUCGCGAUGUUGUCUUAGCAUUUGAUCCUUCAAAAUCACCUCACUACAAAGUGGUUUGUGUGAAAGAUUGUUUUAAUUCUGAAAGUUCAAUUCAGAUAGAGAUUUUCUCAUCCCAAACCAGGACCUGGAGAGUAUGCAAUUCCUCUUUCAAUUAUCCAAAUAGUCCAUUUUUCAUGGAGGGUGUUUUCUGGAACAAUGCCAUCUACUGGUGCAAAUCUUGGAGCCCAUCUAUAUAUUUUGACUUGGAUAAAGAGGAAGUCCGAGAAAUACCAAUGCCUCCAAAUGUUAGUGAAUUGGGUGAGAAGUGGAGCUGGUAUUUAGGAGCAUCUCGAGGCCAUUUGCAUCUUAUUGAAAUUUACAGCCCUUUCAACACUAUAUUCAACAUCUACGAAAUGGAGAAAAGAGAAGAUUUCUGCAGGUGGGUUGUGAAGUAUCAGGUUGAUCUUAGUCAAAUUGUAACAUCUUAUCCUGAGAUGAUCAAGAACUUGCAGACGGACUUGGAUUACUAUCUAUUCUCGACAUUAUGUGUUGUAAGGGAAGAAAACGAUGACGAUUCAUAUUUGGUGGUGCAUUUACCUGGAAAGAUAAUACGUUACAAUUUCAAGGACAAGAGUUUCAAGAAGAUCCAUGAUUUUGCUUCAAGUGAUUCUGAACAUCAAGGUGGAAGUGAAAAUGGAAAUGAACAAGUGACCGAUUUAGAUUUUGUGGGUACUUCUGCGUUUCAGUACCAAGAAAGUCUUGCCUCCGUUUGAAGAGUAAUUUUCAAUAUAGGUUUUUUUAUUCUUUUCUUCUUUUGAUCUCAACAAGUGUAUGUUAUUAUAAGAUGUACAAUAUGAAUUGGUAAAACUAUAAUGACUGAUGAUGAAUACUUAUUUGUAUAUACAAAUUAGAAUUCAUUAUUAAUAAACGUAGUCUUUCUCAUUAUGAAUUACUACAUUCAAUUUGAAUUUUACAAUUCA